AUGGAUUAUCAGCGGUCACGGCAAAAGAGCCCAGUCGGGAAAAAACAGUGGCUAUCUAGUAGUCAGCGGGAUCAUCGGGCUUCCUGCACUACUGCUUCAGUUGAUCUCCGCUGCGGAUCCCAAAAGUAUUUUGACAAUUGUAUGUCAUCGCCUCAGAUUUCUCAAGAAUCUAGUGGGAUAACACCCGUCCCAACAAACUAUCACUACAAAGACUGUGCUGUUCAGCGGAAGGGCCAUCAAAGCCUUUCUGGGAUCGGUGUUAUGGACACUGAAUGUUGCUUUGAUUUACCUUCUAUACCUGCCUCUGACCGGCAAAAUUCAUCAUCGGAGAUAUCCCAACCAUACAUGCUUCGAUCAGACCGUGCUCAGCAAAUAUACAAGCCUCGCGCUAUACGGCCAGCAGCUGGCCACACCGCGGUGGUCUAUGGGCACAAUCAAAGUCAACACCAGGAGGAUAUGCUCCCGCGGAAUGUCUAUAAAAAGCUAACUCAGAUGCUUCAAGCCAAAAUUGCCGCUGAUAGCGCAUACACUGAGGAAGACCUUGUCCGGCUGUUCACUUCCCUUUAUUUUUCUAAUGCUACGUUGGACAAAUAUGCGCUUGUAAAGUACAUAGAGACAAUGGCCGAGGCGUUUGCAGUCAGUGACCCGCUGCGUAUUAUUCGGGAGAAGAACCUCGCGCAAGGCCUGGACAUCUUUGGCAAGAGCAUAGCCGAUACAAGUAUACGACUACCUAGCGAAUUAUCUCAUGAGUCUAUUUCUAAAGCUGCAGAUAAGUUGCUUCUACGAACUUUAACGCGUAGUUCUAACAAUCCACGGACACAACGAAGUUCUGGCACUCAUAGCUUGCCUGUCUCUUUGCCAGCUUUGCCAAACACCCUGAGCACUGGACAGAAGAGUAGUUCUUCUUUCCAUAAUCACUCAACUGUGCAACCAACUACUUGUCUGCAAUCUCCUUCUCCUCCAUCGAUCUCUACAAACCAAGGUUUAAACACUGAUUCUACUCUUAAAAUCUUAAGUCUAACCACUCCAGUUUGUCCUCCACUAGUGCAGUCAAAGCAACAGCAACAACAACAGCAAUCUGUGUCUCAAAUACCUCCUGCAACCCUCCAGGAACAGUUUCAAAGAAUACUAGAGCAGCAAGCUAUUCAACAAGCUCAGCAGCAGGCCCAAAUACAGCUUCUACAGCAGCAGCUAUGCAUCCAGCAAGAGUUGCAACAGCAGCAACUGCUUGAACAUCAAAUUUAUAAUGAAAGGAUCCGAAAUCAGGAAUAUAUCGAUUAUCUACAUACAAACAGGCAGGUGGAACCCUUUCCGCAUCUCGCUCGCAUGCCAACUGCGUCUCUAUCUCUUCCUCGGUCUACAACUGUGGCAACCUCUCGAUCUGCAGGGGGCAUGGGUGUUUUCAAAAUACCAGUAAGAAGAAGGCAAACUGUCAAUUGCCACCAGCUAAACACUAGAGCGAACGUAUCUCCUGAUAGAGCGCAUGUUAGUGAUCGACGGCAGCAGCUUCUCUAUGAGUGCCGUUCUCGUGCACAGGAGCUGGCUGAUAUCCUUCUCUCUAAUAAGAUAACAGAUAGCCAAACAGCGAAUGAACUGGCAAAGGUUGAUUGGAACCAGUUUACCUAUUCAAAGGAAUUAGAGAACGACCGGGUUUAUGAUGCACCCGCGCUCCCCAGUCAGGUAGAUAUACCAACGGGUAUGCAGAACAGCGCUUCCCAGGCUCCAUUAAUCGUUGUCGAGGAGCUUGACAAGGCCGUACAGAACACAGUACAGGAGGAUCUGCCAGACACCCCCAUCCUUCUUUCUAAGUGCAGGCCAAGACGAGCAGGAACUCCUCUGUUAUACAGAGAAGGAAUUACGACUAUUUUAUCAUACGAUGAUGAAGAUACAGACCCUAACAUCAUUUGUAAGUUAGAGUCUAGAGGCAGAAGUAGGCUUGGAAGGCGUCAUAUGAAUUCAGAUCUGGAUCACCACCAGUUUAGUGUCGACAUUGAUGUUGAGUUAGAGGCAGACUCUGUUACACUCGACAAUAUGCCCACCACCAGCAAGCGCCCCGCAGAUCAUCCUGUACUAUAG